UUGUCUGUUACGUUCGUCCCACAGGUCGGUGGCUGCCGGAGUGGUCUCGAUAUCAAGCCAGACGGGAAAGUUCUUGCUAAAACCAACUUCUUUGUCUUUUCCUUGACGUGGCUUACUCUGAUAGGAAAUAAGCGACCGACGAAGGGAGAUUGGUGUUGGAUAUCACAGACGAUUCUUAGAAUGGCCUGUUUUCUUUGCUUUUUCUUUUUUCUUUUUUCCCGGAUUCGCCGAUGGUACUUCGGGCCUUUUGGCGGAAGCUGCGCGAAAGCCAAGAAAUUCCUUGCUCGAUUUUCCUUUCGGGGACUUUUGUUUGGAUGCCUCAUGUAUGUGGCACCAAAGAUUGGCGUGGGAAAAUUACAAACACAAACUACUCGAAACAUUGCCACAAACACAGUUAGGUGCUUACUUACUAUAGGAAGUUAUCAUUCUCGUUAUGUUUUCUUUAUUUCGCUGUUUCCAAUAAAUUGUGCUAUCUCACUCACCAGUCCUGUUUUCAUUCCGUUUGUUCAUUUUUCGAGGAUUGUCUAGAAUAUUCAUACUGGAACACAGACCAUCCAUCACAGGGAUGGCGGCAAUGCCACCUGACAUGGUUAAUGAAGCCGACUGCAUG